GGGGAGGGCACCAUGGUUCGCGACAGUGCGACGAAGUGUUUGAUGUAAUGUGAGAGAGAGAGAGUGAGGGGAGAAGGAAGAUGAAGACCCAGUCAACAUGUCCAUGUGGCAGUUAUUUUUCCAAGAGGACACCCGCGACCGCCUCCUGCAACUCCAGCACCGCCUGCAGGACCUCCAGCCGACGACGGCGCCCCCACCGCCACCCCUGCGGACGCGGACGCCACUCUCGGCGAGCUCGCCUCCAACCUCUGACGCGUACGCCGACGCCCACGCCACGAUGCGAUGCUCGCGCAGCAGUUCCCGGUCCGCCCCAGAUCCCAGGCCCAUGCCCUCGACCGCGUCAUGGCCGCCGUCCUGGCCAUCAAGUUGUUGGAGGAGCACCUCAUCCCGCGCUGCGCUGAGUGCCUCGCCAGAGGCAAGGCCCCCGUCCCCGGAAAGACCCCCGACUCCUCCACCUCCUCGCCGGACAGCAGCCCCGACAGGGACGACCCGGACCCGGUUGUGGCCGCCACCGAGGCCCUUGCCAAGGUCGACCUCUCCGACGACCCGGACACCACCGCCACCGCCAAGUCCGGCUCCAGCAAGCCCCGUCAGGCAGCCAGAGGCGGCGGCGGCGACGUGGGCAAGUCGCUCGACUACAUGUACUGCGCGUGCAGGAUCGCUCGCCGUGAAGCGCAUCGACAUCGCCGUCUCCGUCCUCUCCCACUUCAUGGAGCCCAAGAAGCUCGCCAGCCUCGCCGAGUGACGCGUGGAGCGGCAGCAGCAGCAGGACGCCUCCGUGCCAUUCCUCGUGGGCGGCAACGAGGUCAGCUUCGGUUGCCCCGGCAGCUUCAGGCCACCAUCGCCGGGCGCCGACGUGCUCCCCCUCCUCCACUCCGGCCACAACCUGGGCAGCAGGCGCUCGUCAUGAUCAAGGCGUCCUGCGGGUUAAUUUCCAUAUACAGUAGGGGGCUGAAUGCAAAAUGGGGUGCGCUGACCGGCUCGGCCGAGCUGGCUCCACUUGGCGGCUGUUCAUUGGCCCAGGACCAAAUUUGCACCUUGAGAACAAGUUGGAGGAUCAAAUAAUCUACUUUUGCAAGUUUGAGGACCAAAUCAUCACAUGUAAGACAAGUUUGAGGACCUGCGGUGCUAUUACCUCCUUUUCCAACUUAGCCUGACGGACGGGCCUGAACAGUCAAUGAUGUCAUCAAAGUGUUCAAUAUUCGCCGUCAGUGUAUUUUGUCAUUGCCAUUU